AUGGAUCCCAGCAGCGACUACCAUUUCCUCAAUCAGAUUUUGUGGAGAAGGGUGAAACUCACAUUGGUUUGUGGCAUCUUUGAGGGAGUACUCCAGCAUGUGGACCCUAACAAGAUUGUUGUCCUGAAGAAAGUGAAGAAUGUGGAGACUGGUCGAAGUGUUCCAGGAGUGAAGAUGUUUUUUGGGCACGAGAUUGUGAACGUGGAACUGCUGGAUGAAGUGGAACAAGGUGCAGAGAGAGAAAAGGCAUCUUCUGUUAGUCUAAAUACAGAAAGAACAAGGAUGGAUAAAAUGAAAGGUGAAGAUCUAAACAUAUGUGAGCCUACUUCUCCUGUCCCUGAGUCACCAACCACCUCUCUGCUGAAUCAUCUCAAGUAUAGCCCAUCAGAAGAAGAGGAGGUGACAUACACAGUCAUUGAUCAGUUCCAGCAGAAGUUUGGUGCUGCAAUGCUUCACAUCAAGAAGCAGAGUGUCCUGAGUGUGGCAACAGAAGGUGCUAAUGUGUGUCGUCAUGGGAAGCUGUGUUGGCUUCAGGUAGCCACAAAUAGCCGAGUUUAUUUAUUUGACAUUUUCCUUCUGGGAAGUCGUGCUUUCAACAAUGGACUUCAGAUGGUAUUAGAAGACAAGAGAAUUUUGAAGGUUAUCCAUGAUUGUCGUUGGCUUUCUGAUUGCCUCUCUCAUCAGUAUGGAAUUUUGCUGAAUAAUGUCUUUGACACACAGGUGUUACCUGUAUUCUUUGGCUUGUGGCUCCUGCCAUCUUCAGAGUGCACCACUGCAACUUCUGCUUCUAUCACCCGAUCGCCUUCUCCCGUAGCAGAUGUCCUUCAGUUUUCCAUGGAAACAGGUGGCUUUCUUCCAAAUUGCAUCAGUUCUUUACAGGAGAGUUUAAUCAGACACCUUAAAGUAGCCCCUAAAUCUCUCUCCUUUCUGGAAGAGAGACAAAAAUUGAUUCAGGAAAAUCCAGAAGUGUGGUUCACACGACCUCUUUCACCAUCUUUACUGAAAAUUUUGGCCCUAGAGGCUACCUACCUACUACCCCUUCGUUUGGUACUCCUGGAUGAGAUGAUGUCUGACCUAACCACCCUUGUGGAUGGUUAUCUAAACACCUAUCGAGAAGGGUCCGCAGAUCGCCUGGGAGGCACCGAGCCUUCAUGUAUGGAGCUUCCAGAAGAGCUUCUUCAACUCAAGGACUUCCAGAAGCAGCGCAGAGAGAGAGCUGCAAAAGAAUAUAGGGUGAAUGCACAGGGACUCCUAAUAAGGACAAGGGUACAUCCAAAGAAAUCAGUGCCAGAGACAGCAGGGAAAGAGGGAAAAGUAGGGUUUUCCUUACUUUGUAAAAAUUCUGUACUAGAUGAAACUCAUCAUGUAAAUUUGCUGAAAGAAGAAUCUAAGAAUAAACAGACUUCAACAGAACCUCAACAUGUACCUCCCAUGAAGGAAGAAACCAACGAGGAUUCUAUCAAUAAACUCAUUUGCCUUGAGUCAGAGAGGCUAGAGGACCAGAGAAUAGCUCAAAAAGAACACAGUAAGACACCCAAACAGGAAUUUCAGACAAGUUUAUCUUUGAAAGAGGAGAUAGAACAGUUACUGAUGGUGCAAAACCAGGAAGAUCUAAAAUGCACAAAACAAGAUAUUUCAGUGUCUCCUUCCCUUCCUCAGGAAACCAGAGUCUCUCCAAGUGACACCUUUCAUCCUUUUAGAAAAGCCGUGUUUCCUACGUUUCCUCCCUGUCCAGCCUUGGAGAAAACUGAUUCUUGGAUAAAUCCCUCUCCAAAUCUGUCUUAG